AGCGGGUGAAGGUGUCCGUGAGGUGAAGCACGAGCCCGCCGCCGGCGCUGCCCUACCUACGCGCCGUCCCACCCCACCGACGAGGGGCCUCCGCCGGGCCCGGGCGCGGGUCGGGGCCGGCAGCUGGGAAGGGGCUGCAGCCGCCCCGGUCCCGGCGCACCUGCCGCGGCGGGCAGGGGCCGUACGCCGCCCCUGCCGAGGGCAGGCCCCGCCGCCCCCCGGCCCUCCCCCGCUGGGCUCAGGUGACACCGGCCCCGGCGGCUCCCCGGGCCGCCGCGGAGCUUCCUGGUUCCCAGAAGGUGCCGGAGCGACUGCAACAGGAACUGAGAGACGGGGGGAGGAGGCGGUGCCGCCGCUCCGCUGCAGUCGCGGCCGGAGCCGGGGGAGCGGAGCAGCCAUGGGCCGCCGGCCGCCGCCGCGGCGCUGAGCCGCCCCCGCCGCUGCCCCCUCGCCCCUGCCGGGCAGGGCGCUUCUCCCUGGGGGGCGCUGGAGCAGCUGCCGGGGGCUCGCGAUGUGACCAUGGACAGCAGGGUCAAGGAAAAUCCAGAACGUACCUUUGAUUUGGUACUGAAAGUAAAAUGCCAAGCAUCUGAAAACGAAGAUCCAGUGGUACUGUGGAAGUUCCCGGAGGACUUUGGAGACCAGGAAGUGCUGAACAGCGUUCCAAAGUUCUGCUUUCCUUUUGAUGUUGAAAGGGUGUCCCAAAACCAAGUAGGACAGCAUUUUACCUUCGUGCUCACCGACAUUGAAAGUAAGCAAAGGUUCGGAUUUUGCCGUUUGACAUCAGGAGGCAAGGUCUGCCUCUGUAUUCUAAGUUACCUGCCAUGGUUUGAGGUAUACUACAAGCUCCUAAAUACUCUGGCAGAUUAUUUGGCUAAAGAACAGGAAAAUGACUCAAAUGAUUUGUUAAAAUCAUUGUAUAGCCAUCCUGUGCCAAGGGCAAAUGCUUUAGUCAGUUUAAGUGUGAACCAAGAGAUGAUUUUUGCAAGUGAGCAAGUUUUGAAAAAACAGCCUUGUCUUGUAUCGCACUCGUAUUUCAUUACUCCUGAUGUAACUGGAUUGCCAACAAUCCCUGAAAGCAGAAACCUCACUGAAUAUUUUGUUGCUGUGGAUGUGAACAACAUGCUGCAACUUUAUGCCAGUAUGUUGCACGAGAGACGAAUCAUUAUUACCUCUAGCAAACUAAGCACUUUAACUGCUUGUGUUCAUGCGUCAGCUGCAUUGUUAUAUCCAAUGUAUUGGCAACACAUUUACAUCCCAGUGCUCCCUCCACAUCUUCUGGACUACUGUUGUGCACCGAUGCCUUAUCUAAUUGGCGUCCACUUAAGCUUAAUAGAGAGAGUAAAAAAUAGAUCGCUGGAGGAUGUGGUUUUGCUAAAUGUUGACACAAACACUCUAGAAACCCCUUUUAAUGACCUGAACAACCUACCUGGUGAAGUGGUCUCGGCCUUGAAAAAUAAACUGAAAAAGCAGUCUACAGCUACGGGUGAUGGAGUAGCCAAGGCCUUUCUUCGGGCACAGGCAGCACUGUUUGGAUCCUACAGAGAUGCACUAAGAUACAAACCAGGAGAGCCUAUAACUUUCUGUGAGAAUAGUUUUGUGAAGCAUCGUUCCAGCAGUACUAAGCAGUUCCUGGAAACUGCUGUUAAUCUUCAACUGUUUAAACAGUUUAUUGAUGGUCGACUCUUAAAAUUAAAUGCAGGAAGAGGGUUCUCCGAUGUUUUUGAAGAAGAAAUCACAGCAGGAGGCUUUUGCGGAGGAAAUUCAAGAUCGUAUCAGCAGUGGAUGCAUACAGUGAAGAAAGGCGGUGCACUGAUCAACACAGCAAUGACCAAAGCUACUCCGGCUGUGAAAACAGCAUAUAAAUUUGCAAAACAUCAGGCAAGGCAAGGAAUAAAAGAAGUGAAGAGUAAGUUAAAACACAAGGAGAGUGAGGAUGAAUAUGGAACUUGCAGCGCUGUUGCAAUACAGACUGGUCCCAUCUACACAUUGCAUUAUGAGAAAAGAGUGAACUCGGAAAAACGAAGACUGGCACAGACUCGUUUCAACCAGCAUCUCAGUAACCAGGAAUUUGCCUUGGAUGAAGAUGAUGAUGAUGAAAUGGAGAGAAGAAGCAAGCUAUCAUCAGAAGACAGUGAAGAAGCUUCUGCUUACUUCUAUGAUAGUGAUGAUUCUGGUGAAACUGGAAUAACUCCUCAGCAUCAAGGAGAAAUGGACUUGCUUGGGGAAAUUUUGGACACGCUGAGCACACACAGUUCAGAUCAAGGAAAGCUCUCAGGAGCAAAGAGCCUGGAUUUCUUCAGGUCAAUGGAUGACAUUAACUACAAGACUGCGAACAAGUCAAAUGCACCUAGUGAGAGCAACCUUACCCUGCUCUGCAGCAGUGCUAAGGAUCAAACAGAGUGGAACCUCGGUCAGGAUGACAGCGUCCUCCAUGGGAAGCAGCUCCCUCCAUCACCAAGGAAGCAAGUUUCUUCUGGUGGCCAUAGAGAAGCUCUCUCAAGGCUGGAAGAAGAAAGUAGUGACAAAACCUCUAUUACUGACAAGAUGGACACCGCUAGUAUGACAUCCCCAUCUCCAGUACAAUCAAGUGCCCAGUUUGCUUCUCUAGAAAGUCUCAAAACAGGCUAUUCUUCCUAUAAGCAUGCAAAGCAGAAUGAAACACUAAGCAAUACCUCAGAAGAUCAGCUCCCAGGAAGUCUUGCUCAACAUCCAUCCAUUCUGGUCCCUUGGGAGAAAGAUGGGAAGGAAGGAAGUGAAACGCCAGAAGAGGGUGGGCUUCUUCAAGAAGUGGUGUCAUUAUGUAAACUAAGUUCUGCUUUUCACUAUGGUUUAAAUAUUUCAAAGGAUAGCUUAUCCAGCAGUAGCAGUGGAAAUAAAACGUAAGAAAACUAUGAGAACAGAAACUUGACUCCCAUCAGAAGUCAUAGGGAGACUACUCAGGACUCCAUAUAACAUAAUAACCAAAAGAUGAAAAAGGAAUAAGAGGUCUUUGAUUAUAAAAAUAAUUCUCUUCAGUUGAGUAUGCGUUUUCUGCCAUUGGGACAUCCGCUUCUAUGUUUACCCAGUUCAUUUGUUGGCUGUAGUUAGGUCCACAAAAUUGAACUAAAUACAUGAAUGCACUCUCAAAUCAGGUACUAGUUAGUCUCUGUGUUAAAAAUAUAGCAGGUGUGUGGUGCAUCCUAGCAUUUGCUUCCUCUAAGCAGCAGGAAAGGUAUCACCUAACAGGCAACCAGGUUUUGAAGGUACUAUAUGAAACCCAUUAAGCAUGAAAUGAACCAAGCAAUCUAAUUUGUCUGAGGUGUACAAAUGUUAAUAUUUGCAAUGAAUAAUAAUUGCCUUAAUCUUUUGAGAAGAGGUUUAACUAUCUUAGAAGAUGAAUGCAAAUCUACGAAACAGCAAUAAUGAUUUUCCAUGGCAAGACUUUGCUUCAGCAAAGGGUGGGAAAGGAAACUUUUUUUAGAUUAAGGAAUAUAACUUGGAACUUACUCCAGACUAAAACUGUGGCCCUGUCUUCCAGACUUCAGAAAGGUAGCACAUGCUUUUCUCUCUUCUGUACAGUACAUGAAGUGCUGAAUUAUAAUGUGACAUUUAUUAACUUCUGUUUACAACUAAGACACUUUAAAGGCAUGUCCGGUUUCCCUAGGUAGACUAUUUCACCUAAAAAUAUUCAGGAAAAAAGUGUAAAUGGAAUUGAUAGAUUUCUAUUACUUUUUAUUUUCUAGAGUUUAAUAGUGUUUAAAAACGAAUUUGUGCCUCUUCUGAACUAUUUUUUUCUUUCAAUUUUUAGUAGCUACCUUUUUGAAGGUAGAUUGAAAUGCUGUUACUUAGAAGUCAUAUUUAGUAUAAUUAUUAGAGUCAUGACUGAAAAUUACUUGUAACACUAGAAAACUAAAAUUACAGAUUGAGCUUGAGACUGCCUCUAUCCAACUCUCGUUUUAGCCAAGUUGAACAACCAAAAAUCUCUUUCUAAAUUCAGUGAAGGAGGAUAAAUGUAUGAAAUGUAAAUGAUGUAUAUUGUAUUUGGAACAAGCAGUUGUCCUCCUUCUGGCAGCAUUCCUGAGGAAUAUUUGGGUAUUUAAAGUCUGAAAAGUCUUACUGCUGUACAAAGCAGCUCUUUCCUUUAUUUUUUAAAUUCUCUUCCCCUUUUCUUUUUCCACCUCUUCACUUACCAUACGUACAUUGUCCUCUACAAUAGCUCAGGGCAGGAAAGGCAUGAAGUAAGUUUCAGCAGAUUGGAAUUGUCAGCUUUGAAGGAUAUUUGUGAUGCAGUUGGCAGAAGUAACACAUGGGUAUAAAAUGAACAGUGCCUGAGAAGAAUGCUCUCCUGUUCUUCUAAACUCAUGUCAGAAACCGUUGUUUCUUUCUUUCUCUCUUUGGCAUGAAUGGUUAGCCUUAGUCCCAGUAUAGGCCUGAGUGAGCACGUUCAUGAGGUCAGUAUUUGGAUCAGAUUGCACUAUAUCUUAAUAGUAGUUUCUAGCAAAGUUUAAUAUCAGUUGCCACACUGAGAUUUAUGAAUUCAUUUUCCUUCUGGCUAACACAAAUGGAAAGAGGUUUUUUGGCUGCUUUUUUUUACAAGGCAGCUGACCUAAGAGAAUGGAUCCAUAUCAUUACAGAGGCUAUGUCUGAUGCUUUACCGGAAAGGUGCAGUAGAGUGAGACCUUGGUUUUGUAAUGCAAAAGUUUCAGCUUGUUCCAGAACAAGAAGGGCAGGGACACUACUUGUCACUGAGGAUGAGGCUCUAGAAUUAUUUUUUUUUUAUCAGUGCAAUGAAAGUAAAAGUUUGUAAAAGUGCAAAUCUUACAGAAAUAUCUGUGUCUGGUUAGACCAUGACCAUUCCUGAGGGCAUCUGCAAUCUGCAUUGCUGCAAAAUCUCAGUAUUCCAGAGUUAGAGGUGGUAUGUCCAGAGGCCUGUACUCCAAAAUAUUUAUCUAUCUGUUGGUUUCCUCUUAUGUAUCAACAUGGUAUGUAAGACGGAAGUGGAUUUUUUUUAAUAACAUAAGAAUAUUAUUCAGCAAAAUAUUUUGCACUAUUAAAAUCAAAAGCAUCAUAGAAAUUAUUUAAAGUCUUAGCUGUAACCUUUCCAGGUAACAUCAGACCAGGUGACUCAGGUGCUGUUCAGAUGAGAAGGCUGCAGGGCAACCUCAUGCAUACUUGUUUAGAGGUAGGAUUAAUGACUCAUUAGAGGGCAUUCCUCUCCUUUGCUGGUAACAAACUUUACCCAAACAAGUGCUGCUAAGUGUGUCUAAUAGAAGACAGGCGACACAAAGGUAUGUGUUUAUGUAACGCUUUUCAUUUGAUCUCAUUCAUGUCCUUGCAUUUUGUUGAUGAGAAUUUCAAGAUUCACCUUUUCUUUUCCUCUACAUCUGAGAAGGUGUUUUUGUCUACAGUUCCAUCUAAGAUUAUGUUUUAUUUUCUUCAUGUAUUAAAUGUAAUAAGCAGAAUUAAUAUCCUAGGGGAAAAAAUAGAAAAAAAGUCAGAAAUUAUGGCUCUCAUUACUUUCAAAGCUAUCAAACAGAUAAGUCCAGGAAUGCUGCCAGAAAAUGGUUUUCAGAAAUGCCUCUCUGAUGGAAUAAAUCUUGCUGGCUUUACAUGAGAGUUAGGCACUGAGCUCCUAUUAUCACAUAGAUUGUCCCAUUCUCAGUUUUGUGGGAAAAAUAUGGAAGCUGUGUGAGGCUGCUUAUAUUCUUAUAGUUAUUAUAAGAAUCAUAAGAUUCAAAGUUUGGUAGUGGAAUCUUUCAAAAUUCAUGUAUCAUGGUAAUAAUUCACUGUUUCAUUGAGUGAAAAUGCAGGCCGAAAAGAAGUAAACAGCUAAGCUAAAAGAUGGAAGGUAAAAUUCAGCUUAGAAUUGUUUUUAUUUCAGUUGCCUUCAAAAUGCUAGUUACUGUGCUUAUGCCGCAUUCUUUCCUUACUAUUUAUAAAGCCCAUAGAGUGUUUACAGUCAUUAAAUAGUGUGUAUUUUUUGGUUUUGAAGCUUAUAUGUGUUCAAAAAUAACUCUUAUAUCUUUGAAUUUAACAGUAGGUACAUUUUUAAGUCUGUAAUAUUACAGAAUCUUUUCCACUUACUAUCAGUGAUCUUUUAAAAAGGCUAAUAUUUGUGCCUUAUUUAAACAGAAUUACCAAUUACCAAAUAGAUGAGAGUCCAAACUGAUAUUUCUGGUUCGACACUUGUUUUCUGUCCUUGUGAUAAUAUAAAACUGUUUAUUGGCUACAUAUAUGUUAAUUUUAUUACCACAUUGGGUUCUAUAUUAAGAUAAAUUGUCCAGGUCCAGUACUUUUUACAAGUUUUAUACCUGUAUGCUUUUUAUUUGUGGAAAUCCUUCUAAUGUCUUUCAAAAUCAUCAACAUUCAUCACCAGCUACUGGUGAUAACAGAAUUCUGCUUAGUCAGAGCUCGUGUGGUCUUCGUCAGAGGCAUCUCUUUUCUUCAGGAUCUUCCCAUUUCUCCUGUUUAAGGGAGAUAUUAGGGUAUUUGAUUAAGCUUUUUAAUCUGUUACUUAAACUUAGGAACAAUUUUCUGAUGUAGCCAGUCAAACUAGGACUUGAAUUCAAUAUCUUCGAGUUUGUUCUGCAGAGAUGUCUGCCUGAAAUGAGCCAUAUUGCUCAUCUGGUUUGGGAGGAAAAAAAAAUAAGGGCAGGAGAAGGAGAAAGGGAUUCCUGGUUUGUUCCAGUGGGGUAGUGAAGCAGAGCCUGGGAGUCCUCAGGAGGGAUGAUAACUUUGAGGAAAUCCGGAUUUCAGGAUAUUGUUUAAUAUUCUAGCUCAGUUGUAGUGAUUCCAACCCAGCCAUGUAGGCAAAAGUAAUAUUGCCUAUGGAAUUAAUCCCCUGUGGGACUUGCAGAACGGAUAAUACGUUGCCCCAGUCAAAGCCUUCCCUUCCAUGUGUGUAGAGAUGCAACAUGUGAAAAACCGCAGAUAUUCAGGGAAGGACGGUACUGUGGAUGCAAAGGUGAGCCCUGCCCACCCUCGAAGCAUGCAGAGGGCAGUCUGUGUAGAGUAGGCAGUGGUUUGCUCUUCCAUCACACAUAUUUGGGCAUCGUGUGGCUCUGAAAAAUAGAUUUGUUCUGAAGGAAAAAUGUAGUUGUAGAAGUUGUCAUAGAACUUGACUGAACCCUUCGUUGUCAUUUAGUGUUUCAGUGAUGCUGCUGCUGUUUGGGUGGGGUCGUCAGAAAUCCUCAGCACUGGCUGAAGUCCCCUCUCAGGCAUUGUAAACCAGACUUCAGUCGGAGUUUUAGACACAUGCUGGGUGCUUUUGGAAAUCCCACCCAGUCUAUUAGAGGAGUGUUUUAGAUCUCAAAAAUCUGUUUUAGAUGUCUUCAAGUUUUAGAGUGAGCUAGUUACAACCUUGUGUUCUUGUAAAUGAUGUAAAGUCUAAGCAAAAGAACAGUUAAGCCAGGUUUUUAAAACAGCUUCUAUUUGUCCACCUACAGUCAAUCAUAUUCAGUCCUACAGAACAAUCUUCCAGUGGUGCAGCUGUCUAAUGGAAUUGCUAGGAGCAUCUAAAAUAUUUUUCCCUAUGCGUGUAGUUAAUUGAAGAAAAAUUUCAUGCAAUAAUUGAAGUGCCAGCAUGAGGCCCUUUUGCAAAUGCACCCCCUGUGUAAUGCUGACUGUAGUACCCGGUCCUGCAGAAAGGAGCCCCGUAACCGCUGGCCUCCCUGUCUCCGCAGGCAGAGGUCAAGGGUGGUCUUUAUUUCCAAGGGAGUUAACAUCCUCUCUUUUGGUGCCAGACUCUAGUCCAGGUGCUGUAAGACUCCAGCCAGCGUGUUCCCAGCAGCCUGAAAUUGCAGGCUAAACAAAUGCGGCUAACAAAAUUACAGCUUGAGGCAAGCAGCUUCCUUAUUGCAAAGCUCAGAAUGGUGAAGGCCGUAUGUUUCCACGAUAUCGCAGUAAAUCUUUGGAGAAUGAAUGUAGAAAUAAAUGCACCAGCAAAACCAGUAUGAAUGGUGAUGCGACUUGUCUGCAGUAACUUCUUUGCUGCUAUUAGAUGUGUACGUCUCUGCCAAGUGUUGUUUACCUGUUAACAGAAUCUGCGCUAAAUAGCAUGUGUCCUUAACCUCAGCCCAAGGGCAGGGACCAAGCUGGUCUAGAGUUCAGGAUCUUCAGGGUGGUUGAAAAUAAAGGAAUGGAAAAGGGAUGGUAUGUUUUUCUGUGCAAAACCUUCCUUGACUUGCUUUGUAAUGUCUGUUUUACAGUUUUAGUUAGCGGCCAAUUGAAAGUACUUGAUAGGUCUUUCCUGGAAGCUGCUAAGCAUCUUCUAAAUCGACUUGCCUGAUGAAUCCGCAGCCACCUUAGCCUAGAGGGCCAUCCACCAUCCGUGUAGUUGGCAGGGCCAUUGCCAUUUUCUGCUGGGUUGGCGUAUGAAGCAGGUAACACAGUUGGAAGUUACUCCAAGGUUUACUGUAGUAAAGGGUACUCAAAUUAGUUUGUAGUAUUAGUCAAUACUAACAACAUUUGUAUUUAGAGUCCAGUAACAAACAGUAUUAGCAUUUGAAAAAUAAGUUGAGUACAAGCACGUUGAUAUUUGUUUUUUGAUUCUGCGUGAAUUGACAUUCUGUUUGUGUUAAAAAUAAGGGAGCUACUUGGUUGGGGGUGGGGGGAAAUGGGUUGACUUUCAAAUCUUCAGUGAAUUUUGUGCAAUAUUUCUUCUUGUUUCAAAGUAAUCUAGUAGUGCACAUCUGCUUUUCAAGCAGAUCCUUGAAAUGGUAUUUUUCAAAAAUGUAUAAAAUUACAUGUACCUUUGAAAUAUGGUUGUAUGAUAAAAACAUGAAGAAUAUAUUCUAAUGAGGGAAAUGUAUAUUUCCAAUGACUGGGAAUGAUUAUGGAUGUCACAUUCUGUGGAAAUAAUAAGCCUAAGCCAGUGUUCGCAUACCAGUAGUUUUAGGUAAUUCUUAAAACUCUAACCCAGCUAAACUGAAAUAAGGUUAAAUAUUUGAAUUUAUGAUGCUUAGUUCAUCGUUUUAUCAUUUGUUUAUCAUUGAUAACAAGAUGAUGAGUUAAGCUUCGCUUGUCAGUACCACCAAUGAGGUGAGAGUUCAUGGUGAUGACCACAUACAAUAAAUUAAUUUGUGACAUCCCUAAUUAUCAUAAGUCAUUACUUAAUAUAUACUAAUGUUGCCAGUAUCCUUUUAAUUUUUUGUAAAUUAAUUUCUUUAUAUAUUGAUGUACAUUUUGCUUUAACCUUUGUUUUUUCCCUUGAGAACUUCUUUAAAUUAAUAUACUUGAAUGAGGCAAUAAAGCACUGUGGAACAGCUAGUCUUGGUGCAGUUUACGCACAAGCACAUCAUGUCUGUUACUUCAUGAUUUUUAAGGAGGAAGAGAAAUUUAGAAUGCUUACAUGUUUAGCCAACUGACAAAUUAUGUGUGUUAUUUUUAGAUCUGUGUCAGAUGUGAUGAGAAAUGCCUCAACACAGAACGAAGCAAUGUAUCCUAAUGUCUCUAAUUUUUUUUCAGAGUGUUUUUUUAGUGACCUUUGAAAACAGGUCCUGAUAAUGUCCUUGUUGUGAGCCUUUAAUACUUAUAGGAAAGGCAUGAAGUAGAGGACAUUUUGAGGUUUUAUUGAUAAUUUUAAUAAUUUUGGAGAUUUAAAAAAAAACAAACCAGCAUUUUCCUAACAGUUUUCAAAAUCUAGUUAGUUAUUGACCUUUAAUAAAACUAGAACUAAACGUAAGAAUUUACUCCAUGCUUUUGCACCUUCUGGACUACUGUUUAAAGUCAUCUCAAGAGCUGUAAUUCAGACCUUAGACUACUGUCAGUAGUGCACUGUGUAGAUGUAGUAAAUGAGCUGUGAUGUAUGGUGUGUUGUGUUUUUCUUCCAAGUUUGUGGCAUCAGUAGUUGUUCUUGGUGAUCUCCACAUGACCAUAAAGUGCCCAACACUGUACCCUAAAAUAAAACUUAACGAUAUCAAAAUUC